UCUGAAAAAUUAUCAGAACAGCAAAUUGCUGAAUUCAAAGAAGCAUUUUCUUUAUUCGAUAAAGAUAGUGAUGGAAAAAUCACCACCAAAGAAUUAGGUUCAGUCAUGAGAUCUUUAGGUCUUAACCCAUCCGAAAGUGAAUUAACUGAUAUGAUAAACGAAGUUGAUGUAAAUAGUGAUGGAUCUAUAGAUUUCCCAGAAUUCUUAACCAUGAUGGCUAGAAAGAUGAAAGAUACCGAUAGUGAAGCUGAAAUAUUAGAAGCUUUCAAAGUGUUUGAUAAAAAUGGUGAUGGUAAAAUUAGUGCUGCUGAAUUAAAACAUGUUUUAACUACCAUUGGGGAAAAAUUAAGUGAUAAUGAUGUUGAAUUAAUGAUCAGAGAAGCUGAUAUUAACAAUGAUGGUGAAAUUGAUAUCGUUGAAUUCUCUCAAUUGUUAUCUAAUAAAUAA